ACCGCACAGUGUAUAAGUCUAAUCAGGACCCUCAUCUUUCCGGUCAAUCUCGAAGGGUCCGGACGUGCGGCUCCGCAAAACCGGGGCCAACUGCCGCGCCAAGUGGGCCGGUUCGCCGACAAGGCCGGGUUGUCGCCUGGUAAGGCCAGGCACAACGUUGGAACGCAUGACAUCAUUGGAUGGAUCCCGUCCAGGGCCAUCUUGGCCGUUGUUCCUUAUCCAAUUAAGGUUCUUCCUUGCCAUACCGAGUCAGCUUCAAUGUCAUCACCAAUGGAUUGA